UCUCGCACUUAACAAACAGAACGAGAUGUAAUUACUUCCUGUGUAGAAAUUUAGUAAUCUCUACCGACAGUUUUAUGAUAUAUAUUUGCUUUAAAAGGAAAACAAAAGGACGAGACAUAAAAAGAUAUCACCCUAUUAUUUGUGCUUUUGGCGAAUUUCAAGUUUCUUGUUGUACACAGAUGAGAUGGCAGGCAAGAACGAGAGAGCAGCAACUCUACCAUCUAGUCUACGUCAUAGUGUACCACAUACUGAAGAAAAUGAAGGGUUCUUUACAAAACUUAGAAAGAAAUUUAAACUAAAGAAAGGGAGAUACCAUGUGGAUGUGAGCACAGGAGAAUGUGAAAAUAUUGCAGCUGUGUCUUUUAAAAAGCGACACAGUCGUGAAGUUCUUGAUAUUGAAUCUCCAGAUAAAACAUGCAAUCCAAAGUUAGAAGAACAUGGUUCCUCAAAACAGUCAAUAAAGAAACAGGUUGAAAAGAAUUCUUUAGGUUCAAAAGGCAAGGAAAGGAAGUUGUCAAAUCCUGAAACUUACACAAGAAAUCUGAAUAGUUCAGAAAUGAACACCUUUCAGAGAAGUAGCUUUGGUGGCAAAACUAAAUCUACAAAUGAAUAUAGCCCUCUUACAUAUGACACCAAAGAAAAUGUGACAGACAGGUCUCUCAAAUUAAGAGAAAGCACUCUAAAGAAUGAUUGUGUACUUCAUGAUGACAGUGCCAUAGAUCUUGAUACUGAUGUUGAAAAAGUUGCAAGUAAACCUGAGAAUACAAAUCCUAACAUUGGAUCAUUUGAUCCAGGUUAUGAAAAACUACCAGAAAGGAGACUGGAUAACAGUAUACAGAAAACAGAUUACACAAAGAGAAGUGACUUUGAUCCUAAUUAUGAAUCUGUUCAGGAAGCUCAAGAAAAUAAGGUUAAGACUGAAAGUGAAAUUGAUCCAAAUUAUGAAAGUGUUGAUGAUGUAAAAGCAAGAAUGCAACAAGAAAUACCAAAAGAUGAAUAUUUCAAUAUAGAAGAUGAUCCUGGAUAUCAAUCUGUUAAAGGUGUGAAAAUGGUGACACCAGAGAGAGAUACAGGUGGUUUAAGGUCACCAAAAACAUACAGCAUUAAUCAGUCUAUUGAAUCAUUAGAUGAACCAGGAUAUGAGUCUCUUCAUGAUGUAAAGAAGAGAAUCACUGAACAAAAUUUUGCAAAGUGUGGUAGUAACAUUUCUGUAGGUGAUCAUAUGGCAUCAAAAACUGGUGAGUUUUCUCUCAGUGUUAGCGAGGUUGAUGAUUUCAAUGAUUCUGCUAUUGGUUCAGUUCCAAAAACUGAUUGUUUGCCACAAAUGGACUUUCCUGAAAACAGAUCAGUGUCUGGAGAUACAAGUAUCGUGACAUCUGAGAUUAAUAGUGGACUACAUGCCUUUGCAGAGGCAGCCGUCAGUCUGGCAGGUUUUGCCACAGCAUUGACCGGAUCUGGAACCAGCAAGAACAGUGGAUUUGAAAGCAAAGACAGAAGUGUAGAGUUGGAACAAGGAGAAAACCAGUACAACAGUGUAAAGAAGCCAGUGACAGAUGAUGGGGAAAACCCUUACAGCACAGUAAAUAAGGAGAGAAAAGCGACUGAUUGUGAUCAGCAAGUGGAGAAAAUUGAUUCCUGUUUGAUUAGUCCUGAAGGACCUGUAGGUGGAUAUGACAGUGAUACAGAACUUAUGUUAGACCCUGGCUAUGCUGAAUGUGCUGAUGCUAUCAAAGGUUUCAUACCAUACUCCUUAUAUUCAGAAGGGAGUGGUUCAAAGAUGUCAAGUUGUACUAGUCUAGAUUUAUCCGCUGAAGAUUUUGCACUGGAACCAGGCUAUGCAGAAUGUGCAGAUGCAAUUAAAUCAGGGGCAAUAAAGAAGAUAUCAGUUUCUCAUGAGAGACUUGUUGAUCAGACAGUAGGUGGAAAACAUGAAGACCUGAAAGUGAAAGGAGAAAUUAGUUCAGAAAUUUAUGCUAACCCACAAAUAUUGUUCAGAAAAAGGUCAAAAUUGGUAGAAGAUGGCAACCAAGAUAAUUUGAAUGAAAACAAUGAAGAAAUGGAAGUUAGUCAAGAAAAUACCUUCUCUCUUGGAGAAGAAAUCUGUCUUGCAGUUGAAAGUAAUAGUAAAAAGCAGGAAAAGAAAUCAAAGAAGACAAAAGAAGUGAAAGAAGUGCCCUCUGAGGCACCUCCGCUUCCAGCAAGAAACUAUAGUUUGUAUCUAGAAAGUGAGGAAGCUGAACAGGUUGUGCAAGAGGUGUUGCAUGAUUGUGGGAAAGAUAAGAAUACGGACAUUUGUAUUUUUGAUGAUGCCUUUGAAACAGAAGAACAAACUACUAAUAAACCAGCAGAAGGAAAACAAAAUAAGGAAGUGAAACAAUCUGACAUUGAUGUUAACUGUGAGGUUUCUUGUUGUGAAAUAGAACAAAAAAGGAAUAACAAAGCUUUAAAUGAAAGGUGUGAAAAAGGUAGAGAAUAUGUACAAACUGAUACUGAUAAAAGUAGUUCUCGAAUGUCUUGUGAUUUAUUUGACAAUGAUGUAACAGAUCCAUCUGAGGGAAUCACAUGUCUACAAUUUACAAAACAUGAACAAAAUGAAAAGACACAAAUAACAGCAGAAGAAAAGCAAAAUAACAAGGCUUGUAAAGACGAACUAAUGCUGAGCUUUGCAGGCACCAAGUUUUCUGCUGCUAUCAGUACACAGGCAAAUACGACAGAACAGUUAAAAAGUGCAGACCAGGACAAAUGUGACAGUAACUAUUAUGAUACAAAUGAAACUUUGCAAGAAAACACUUUUGAUACAAUUGAUGAUACACAGCCACUGGAGAAUUGUCUACAGGUGAUAGUUAAAGAUGAAAAUGGCCUUGAGAAAAUUCUCAAAGUUAUUGAGAAACAGGAGUCAUUUAAAAUACAGAAGAAAAGGGAGAGCAUCAGAAUGAAAGCAAGUAAAUGUACAGAUGUGCACAUUUUUGAGAAUGAACAUUAUGACGAUAAAGAUCUACAUGAACAUUAUGAUGAUAAAGAGCUACAAGAAACCAAAGAUAAAAAAGAUUUAAAAACUUUUACUCCAAAUUCUACAAACAUACAAGAAACCAAAAACUAUAAUGAUGUUGCUAAACAAAGGCAGUGUUGUAAAGAAGAUUUGUAUAUGCAUUCAUGUUGUGGAAUGAUGUCUGAUACUAACUGUUCAGGCCAAGCUUUUAAGUUAAAAGAACUGGAACUGUCAGAAGCUAGAGGCAACAAAAAAGAUGACAUAAUUGAAUCUGUGCAUGGUCCAUCAGAGACAGACUCAAAUAAUUUUCUUACAGUUGCAGUGAAAAUGAAAUCUAUUUCUGUUGAUUCAGAUAGCGACUUCAUUAACAUUGAAGAUUUACCAAAACUUGAAAUAAAUGAAAGUGACCUAGAAAGCCCUUUUGACAGUAGUGAUAAUUCAAAUAACUUAGAUAUUGAAAUAGAAAGUGCAUGUAUCAAUGAAUUAACUCAGAAACUAAAUGCUGAAGACAUUCCUUGCACAUGUUCAACACAUUAUGAAUUGGAGUUAGAUAUAGCUCAAGAUGAAUCAGAAAAAUGUUGUUUAGGAUGUUAUGCUGGUGGAAUUUCUGGAGAAGAUGAAGGUGUGGAAAUUAUAGCUUCAGGAAAUACUGAUAGUGUGAGAAAACAUCUUCAUACAUUAGAACAUAAAUGUUCAUUCACUCAAUCAGAAGAAGCUAAACCACAGUGUUCACUUGUUUCAUCACAGAAAGAGAACUUAAUUGCAAGUAAAGAGAGCAUGGACAUGACUGAUACAAAAGAAACCAGAUUUACAGAUACAUAUCAAAGUGAGGCUAAGGUAUUUGAAGAUGUAAUUAUUAACAGUGAAAUAAAUGACAGAAAAGCUACACUGGACAGUAGACUUUGCGUGAUUGAUUCUGAAAAAGAGAGUGAAUGUGAUCUCUCUAAAUUAAUGGGUAGUUAUUGUGAUGAUACUGUAGCCCAUGUAGACAAGAUCAAUAAUGAAUUAAGUGAUGAUAGUGCAGUAGGUAAUAUUGAUGACUAUCCUCAAAAUGAAGGUCACAAUCAUAUUGAUUUAACAGUGGCUAACACUUACAGCAGUGCUAGUCAAGAUACAACAAAUUUUAUUGCUAAUACACAAACUAAUACAGAAAAUGUGUCCUCACAGGAGCUGCAUUUGAUAUAUGAAAAAGAGCAUCCUAACUUGUAUGAAGAUACAGAACCCACUCAUAUGUCAUUACAAGAAGCUAUGGGUUUGUCACCUCAAAAUCUUCAUGUGACUAGGUCUCAUUCAGAUAGCAGUGGACACAGUUUACUGUUUGCAACCAGCUCUAACAUUUUUAUUCACUCUAAUAUUCCUAAUGAAAACACCAAGCAAGAAUCUGCUUUAACUCCACCUCCCAGACCACCACCAGUAUCUAAUGCUAGUCAAUCAAAAGCCAGGAUUUCUGUUCCUGAUCAGUCAGGGGAAGCAGUCACACCUGUAGAUGAGGUUCCACUUCAGUUCAGUAUCUCUUACAUCAGUGGCCAAUCAGAGGAAGAUUCCCCGCCUGCUAUACCUCCAAGACACAAGACUAUUAGAUCACCUAGACGUCCAGUUUCCUAUUCGCAGGAUUUUAUGGAGAGUAUGAGACAACUGAAAGAUUGUGGUUGGUAUUGGGGGCCACUCAGCUGGGAAGAGGCAGAACAUAAACUUGCCAAGAAACCUGAGGGCACAUUCCUUGUACGAGACAGCUCUGACGAACAUUAUAUUCUUAGUUUGUCCUUCAAAAAUCAAGGUCGUGUUCAUCACACAAGGAUAGAGCAUCAUAAAGGACAUUUCAGUUUUUGGUCACAGCCAGAUAGUCAUGGGAAGUCCACUAUCAAGGAGUUUAUAGAACAAUGUGUGGAGAACUCGAGGAAUGGAAGGUUUUUGUACUUCAUACGUCCGAGUGGUCCUGGCAGCCCACCAAUGCCCAUACAACUACUCAAUCCUGUUUCAAGGUUUGUACAGAUGAGAUCACUACAGCAUAUGUGCAGGUUCCGUAUUUUACAGCUUGUGCGGCGGGACCACAUUGACCAUCUCCCAGUUCCUACAAGAAUUAAACAGUAUUUGAAAGAGGCUCAGUAUUAUGUUGAAUACUUAGAUGAUUGAGUACAUGUUUGGUUAUCUAUGAUGAUUGAGUACAUGUUUGGUUAUCUAUGAUGAUCAUCUAAGAUGAUUGAGUACAUGUUUGGUUAUCUGUGAUGAUCGAGUACAUGUUCAGUUAUCUAAGAUGAUCGAGUACAUGUUCAGUUAUCUGAGAUGAUCGAGUACAUGUUCAGUUAUCUAAGAUGAUCGAGUACAUGUUCAGUUAUCUAUGAUGAUUGAGUACAUGUUUGGUUAUCUAUGAUGAUCGAGUACAUGUUCAGUUAUCUAAGAUGAUCGAGUACAUGUUCAGUUAUCUAAGAUGAUCGAGAACAUGUUCAGUUAUUUAUGAUGAUUGAGUACAUGUUUGGUUAUCUGUGAUGAUUGAGUACAUGUUGAGUUAUCUAAGAUGAUUGAAUACAUGUUCAGUUAUGUGUGAUGAUUGAAUACAUGUUUGGUUAUCUAUGAUGAUUGAGUACAUGUUUGAUUGAGUACAUGUUUAGUUAUCCAUGAUGAUCGAGUACAUGUUCAGUUAUCUAAGAUGAUUGAGUACAUGUUCAGUUAUGUGUGAUGAUUGAAUACGUGUUAGGUUAUCUAUGAUGAUUGAGUACAUGUUUGAUUGAGUACAUGUUUGGUUAUCUAAGAUGAUUGAAUACAUGUUCAGUUAUGUAUGAUGAUUGAAUACAUGUUUGGUUAUCUAUGAUGAUUGAGUAUAUGUUUGAUUGAGUACAUGUUUGGUUAUCCAUGAUGAUCGAGUACAUGUUCAGUUAUCUAAGAUGAAUGAGUACAUGUUCAGUUAUGUAUGAUGAUUGAAUACAUGUUUGGUUAUCUAUGAUGAUUGAGUACAUGUUUGAUUGAGUACAUGUUUGGUUAUCUAAGAUGAUUGAGUACAUGUUUGGUUAUUUAUGAUGAUCGAGUACAUGUUCAGUUAUCUAAGAUGAUUGAGUACAUGUUCAGUUAUGUAUGAUGAUUGAAUACAUGUUUGGUGAUAUGAUGAUUGAGUACAUGUUUGAUUGAGUACAUCUUUGGUUAUCUAUGAUGAUUGAGUACAUGUUUGGUUAUCUAUGAUGAUUGAGUACAUGUUUGGUUAUCUAUGAUGAUCGAGUACAUGUUCAGUUAUCUAAGAUGAUUGAGUACAUGUUCAGUUAUGUAUGAUGAUUGAAUACAUGUUUGGUUAUCUAUGAUGAUUGAGUACAUGUUUGAGUACAUGUUUGGUUAUCUAUGAUGAUUGAGUUCAUGUUUGGUUAUCUAUGAUGGUUUUCAUGUCAUGGUUUCUCAGAAGUUGUAGUUUUUUUAUUGUGUUUGUGAAAAGCUCCUGAGAAGUUAAUACAUGAAGGAAAGAAUAUUAUGGUUAGCAUUAUAUAUAGGUCUUUCUACCUGAAAAUGGGUUCUUGAAUACACCUGUUUUGUUUAAUGUAAACAAUUUGAUAACUCUGUUAUAAUUAAAUUGAAUGUAGUCAUGAUCCAAAAUGAAAGUAUAACAAAACUGACUUUCGUAUAUAGAGGAAGUGAAUGAAAUAUUGUGUACACUGUGUUUCUCUGACCCUACAACCUUAGCUCAUAAUUCAUGUGAUUGGGCAUAACAGUUUAAUGCUACUAAGUUGAUGUUGUGAAGAGGUAAAGGUGAAGGUAAAUGCUCUUAUCAGGAAAAGUGAAAUGGUUAUUGAGUUAUCCAGACAGCUGUAACUGUCCUGACAAAAAUUAAAAUGGCAAAGUUGUCACUAGCAAUUCAUUUCAUCUGAAUGAGAAUAACUAGUCUAUUUUCUGAUUCACUUAUCUGCAAGAAAAAGAAAAGUAGCUGUCAGAUAUACAUCAAGUAUUUUGGGUAAUGAAAUAUAGUAAAAAACUUCAAGCUUAAAUUAAAUGUUCUAGGGACUUGUGACUUUGUAUUCAUUGAAUGUCUAAAAAUUUGCAAAAUUUAAUUUCAGAAACACAAUAACCUUAUAUUCUGUUUACUUCUUUCAUUUAUGCACAUCAUUUGAGUAAACAUAGCUACAACUGCAGAAGUUUGCUGUAUUAUGCAGUUUCAGGUCAAAGUUGACUAGGGUGUAUGUGCACUUUUUUGGCUCACCUGAAAAGGUUCAGGGUGAGAUAUUGGUACUGUUGGAUUGUCCAUUGUCCACAGUUUACUUUAACAACUUGUCCUCUGAACCUGCAUGUCAGAACUUUGAUCUGUAUCAUAUUGGCCUGGAUCUAUCUCAUUUUUAUGCCCCCACUUUGUUGGGGGGCAUAUAGAUUUGCCCUUAUCUGUCCGUCCGUCCGAGCUCCAAAAGUAUUUGAUGUAGAAUCACAAAACUUUACAGGAAUGUUGGGCAGCAUGUGUAGUUGUGCACCUGGGGUUUCGCAUCCGGAUUCAUUCAGUCAUGUAGGAGGUAUGGCCCCUGACUGUAAAAAUUGAUCAUUUUAGUGUUGUGUCGCGCCUAGCUCCAAAAGUAUUUGACCUAGAGUCACAAAACUUUACAGGAAUGUUGGUUAGCAUGUGUAGUUGUGCACCUGGGGUUUCACGUCCGGAUUCAUUCAGUCAUGUAGGAGUUAUGGCCCCUGACUUAGUAAAAAAUUGGUCAUUUUAAUGUUGUGUCGCGCGUAGCUCCAAAAGUAUUUGACCUAGAGUCACCAAAGUUUACAGGAAUGUUGGUCAGCAUGUGCAGUUGUGCACUUGGGGUUUCAUGUCCGUAUUCAUUCAGUAUUGUAGGAGUUAUGGCCAGUGGGGGCAUCUGUGUCCCAUGGACAUAUUUCUAGUUUUGUUUCAAAUGAUUCCACUUGACCCUUUUUAAGGGCUACCAAUGCUAAAACUAGAAACAAAUAUUUCAAGCACUUCUUCUGAUGAACUACUUGCUGUGUCUUCAUCAAACCUGGUCAGUAGCAUCCUUAUAUGGGCAUAUCACAGAUCUAUUUAUACGAUUCCACUUUACCCUUUUUUGGGGGCCACCAGAGUUGAUAAUAGAAAAAGUCUGCAGAUGACUUCUUAACUGUCUGAUAUAUCUUCACCAGACUUGCUUAGUAGCUUA